GAUAACAGUGUGAUGCUCAUGCAGACCGCAGAGUGCAUUCGUUACGCAAAAGCAUGUUGCUGUGCAUCUUCCGCCGUGUUCUGUUGAUGCUCUGCUGGACCGGCUGCUGCUGCUGUGCGGGCCUGCCCGACUCUCCUGGAUGGCAGCCGGAAGCCACAAUGACAGCGACUAAGAGGCCGGUGGCUGCCGAGGAGGCAGGAGAGCGCAGCCCGACUCCCCUGCAGACGCACUCGACGGCGGUUGCCCUUGUGCCACAGAGAAACGCAGCGUGCUUCCUGGAAGACACGCUGGCCGCCAUGCGAGAGGCUGCGGAGGACGACGGGCAACUGACGCUCGGCGGUUCCACCUUAUUCGGAAUGUGUGCGGUGUCUGGAAAUCUCGCAGUGUUGUUGGACCUAGCAAAGGACGUAAAGCAAGGAGGUGUAAUUGAGGUCCUGCAUCCCUCUGAAGUGUUUUUGGUGGAGGAGGCUGGUGAAGCACUGAUGCUCAACUUUGGCAUCCCGCAAUCCCCUUUGCUCCAACACAAUCCUCUGCUGCUUUUGGCUUUGGACGGUCCCGUCAGUGGAGGCGACCCGGACCAGAUCACCUUCACCAGUCGGUCUCUGCAGCCCAACACACAGGUUGUGUGCAUGUCAGAAGGAACACAAUAUUUUCUACUGACAGGACAAGCGUCAACGGGACACCAAAGAUGGAAGCUCUCUAUUGACACAAAAUCCUCUCAUAUGAAGAAAAGGAUAAAAGAGCUCCUUAUGGGUGGAAAUACAAGAAGAAGCAGCGUGACACCAGUUCUUCUUUUCUUACGUAAAGAAGACACCAGUAUCAAAGUUCCCAGCUCAUCCCAAACGCUCUCCUUCUUGUGUGAGCUGCUGCGCUUCCUGAGAGACAUCCUGCCUCAGAACCGUUUGGACUCUCCUCCGCUGAGGCUGGACUCCCUACAGGUUCUCCCCGCCGUCACGCUGGGCCCGUCCUCCAGCGAGUCCGUGCUGGCCGAGCUCAUCAACUCGUCGGCCCCCACCAUCUUCUCCUUCACGGGUUCCACGUAUCACGUCCACCGGGGGGAGCUGGCCAUGCCCCCCGGCCUGCUGGACCAGCUCCGUCAUGGUUUGGAGCUGAACCUGGUGCAAAUCAGGGAGGUUCUACGAGACAAAGACGACGGCCAGAGGAGCAUCAAGAGGCUCCAGAGGCUAUGGGAUCUCUGCGCCUUUCCCAAGGUGGACUUGGCAUCAGGAGAAAGCCAGUACUGCGCGUUCCUCCUGUUGAAGGCCUUGAAGACGGUGGGUCGCGAGAUGUUACCGCAACUGAGGGCCACCCGUGCGGAGCCCAGCCCCGUGGUUGGGGAAGCCGCGUGCCGCUUGAAGAGCCUCACCGUGUGCCUGGAGAGUUUCCUGGUGGGUCCCAACACGGCCAACAUCAACAACUGCCACGGCAGGUGUGCCUUCCCGCUGGUCAACACCAAAAACCACGCCGUGCUGCUCAACUCGCACAUCGAGAGGGGCGACGUGGCCGAGCGGGCGCCGUGCUGCGUGCCGAUAGCCUACGAGCCCCUGGAGGUGGUGGACUUGAACCAAGACGGCACGCAUCUCUACACGCACCCGGAUAUUGUAGCAAAGCAGUGUGGGUGUCGCUAAAGCCAAGGCUACUCACAGCCACAUCAUUAGGGAGAACCACUAUUUGAUCCAAUACAACAAAUAUGAACAAAUUGUUUAUUGUAUAAUACACAAACUGACAAUCUCUCUGACAAUGUCAUUCGAAAUGGAGCAUUAACCUUUUUAAGGCAGUACCUUUGUAUUGGAUGUCAUUAGACUGUGCAGGUAGACCUAAUGUUGCGACCAGUGAGCGUCUGCUUCACUCGUUGACCACAAAUGCAGUUCUCUUCAAGGGUUCUUCUAUUCACAAAGUCCCGAUGACACUGGUGCACAUAGGAACAUGUCGUAGCCGUCCAACCACUUUGUAAAAAUACACUGUAUGUAUAAAUAUAUUGGUAUACAGUAUAUAUUUAUAUAUGACAAAUAUAACAACAACAACAACAAAAAUGUCCCUAUCAGACGAAAAUCUAAAAAUCCAGGGAUGCGUUUUUUUGUUGGACAGCUACAGUGGUUAAACAUCUUUCAUACAGGGUGUCCCAAAAGUCACUCCGCACUUCCUUUUUUCCCCAUUUUGUUUCAGAUAUCAUUUGGACAGGCAUGAGGCCAAAAAAGCAUAGGACAGCUUCGGCUUUGCAGUUUUUCAAGCAUACUUGCCCAUGGCUCGCCAAUUGACAAACUGAACUCUUAGAGCAGGCGUUUGGGCAAAGCCAGGGAAAGUCUAUCCGGAGGUUUGUACAUGAACUCUGCAUCAACAAACGUCAGCGUGGGGUAAAGCUUUAGCACACUCAGAAGCGUCCGCUGAAUCGAGCGUUUGUUGAUGCUGAGUUCUAGUUCAGGUCUACGGAUAGACCGUCCCUGACUUUGCGGAAAACGCCAGCUCUCGGUGUUCUGUGUUUUCACCAGUGGUUGGAGUAGCAGGCCUUCUGCUGCGCGGUUUGUGAAAAACAAAUCCUGUUUUGAGAAAUUUGCCAUGGAUACAUAGUAGUAAAUUGUGCUACGCAUUGAAGCAUCAUGGCGGCCAUGACGCUUCUCAAAUUGGCACUGAACUGCAGUAGGGUCCAGAAAAAGUUCUUGCAGGCAACGCUGCGUCAGUGUUAAGUGGCAGGCCGUGGGCAAAGGAAUGAUAUGCUUACAAAAACUGUAAGGCCUAAGCUGUCCAAAUGAUAUUAUGCUCCAUUAGUCUUCACUAAACUCCCCUUAAAUGCAUAGUAUGCUAUGUCGUUGACAUGGGACGUGUGCAUUUUAAAACUCGUUAAUCCUAAUGUAUCGGUCCAUCAUUGUUUAGUGGUUUUAGGUUUCAGGACGGCUUUACUGCCGAUGGGCUUUUUCCGUCUCCUUAUGGCUCCAAGUUCUUCAGAUCCCCACCAUGUCAGGAACUUGUCCCACAAGGAGAUCUGGACAAGAAAGACAUAAAAACACUGUAAGUUCCAUUUCUGGUUUUAUGAUUAUCAUACUGUUUCUCUUUGGCACCACGAGUACGCCACUAUGUUGGUGACAAAAAAAAAUGAGGAGGGGGGGGGGGGGGGGGGGGGGGGGGCGAAGGCAAAACACACUUGUCAAGUUUGAACCCCAAGUUAAUUUUGACUCUUUGUUGUCAAGCAUGCUUUUUCCCAGAACGUUUAAGGCCGCAUUGCGCCACUUUGGGAGCAUUUGAAUCUGGCUGGUGUGCCUGCUAAGACUUUUCACUCCCUGAUGUAAUAAUAAAGUCAUUA